ACCGGCGCCUGCUCCACUCCACUCCGCGUCUCCGCCUUCUCCCCCCUCCUAUAAAUCCCGCCCGCUGGACACGGCGGAUCCAUUUCUCGCAUAUUUUUCUUCCCGUUUCCCGAUUCAAGUCAGCGGUUAGGGUUCGGAGAUCUCGGCGUCGCAUCGCGGCCAUGGCGACAAGCACGCUUAGCACAGUCAUGGUGAGCAAUUUGUCGCUAAAAGCAGCACUAAGAGAUGUAAAGGAAUUCUUUUCCUUUUCUGGUGACCUUGUGCAUGUUGAAAUGCAAAGUGGCGACGAGCUGUCUCAAGUUGCCUACAUUACUUUUAAAGAUAAGCAAGGAGCUGAGACAGCCAUGCUUCUGACGGGUGCCACAAUAGUCGAUAUGGCUGUCAUCGUAACACCAGCCACUGAUUAUGAGCUACCAGCUGAUGUUUUAGCUGCUCUAGAGCCCAAAGAUGCAAAGUCCUCUGCUCUUGAGAAGGCAGAGGACAUCGUUGGGACCAUGCUGGCCAAGGGGUUCAUUCUUGGUAGGGAUGCACUCGACAAAGCAAAAGCUUUGGAUGAGAAGCAUCAGCUCACAUCAACUGCGACUGCUCGAGUAUCUUCCUUUGACAAGAGAAUUGGUCUGAGUGAGAAGAUCAGCGUCGGUACUUCAGUUGUAAACGAUAAAGUAAAGGAAAUGGAUCAGAAAUAUCUAGUCUCCGAGAAGACAAGGUCAGCACUUGCAGCUGCUGAACAGGGUGUCUCCACUGCUGGAUCUGCCAUCAUGAAAAACAGGUAUGUCCUUACUGGAGCUGCAUGGGUAACUGGUGCCUUCAGUAAGGUUGCGAAUACCGCGAACGACGUCGGGGCAAAGGCAAAGGAGAAAAUAGCCACUGAGCAGGAGGGCAAGACCGUAGCGGCCGGGUAUGCACAAGCUGACAUGUCGGACGCUCAUGAAAAGCCCAGGGAUUUGGAUGGUGAAAUCACAAAGAUACAUGUCUCUGAAAACCCUGAAGAUAUCCCCAUAUCUACCGCUGCAGUUUUCCCCAUUACAGUAGAGGAUUCCAGUGAUGCGUCUCCACCGCCACCCGCUGCUGCUCUUCCUAAGAAACCGGAACCUGCGCAGGGAUUGAUACUAUGAUGAUCUCGCUGAUACAUGAAUGUAAAUAGACAUGAGAUGGGUUGUUUAAUUCACGCUGCAACGUUGUGGUUGCUGUAUUGUAAUUCACCUGUUUGAAGGUUGAAAUUUAUCGGGACCGAAAGAGUUUGGAAUUUGUAACAGCCAUUUUAAUUAAUCAAACAAUAUUAUCAUGCA